AUGAAGACGUUGAAAAAGCUUCUCUCCAUGAUGCCGAUACUCUUCUCAGUGCUUGUGGUUCCUUAUUACGAACGAAGGCAGAACCUGGCAAUGUGCGAAUGUGUGCGUGGACCAAGAGAUUGCCAAUGGACAAAACAGGCUGCCCGGCCUAUCAGUUCACGACGGGCUAUGUUCCAGGACAUGGAACCAACUAUUCUUUGUCGGCAGUUCAGUACGAGUUGCAAUGCAUACGUGAUGAGUGGCUACAUCCUCGAAUCAAAAGGGAAGGAGAAGACGGCGGUGGCUCCANAAACUACCAUAACCGAACCAGAUACUACCAUAACCGAACCAAAAACGACCACUACGUCAAAAGAAACUACUACAACAGCAACUACCACCACAACAACACCAACGACCCCAACAACAACAACUAUAACGACCACGACAACAGCAGCAACGACUACAGAAGAAGAAACGACCACUACAGAAGAAGAAGAAGAAGAAGAAAAAGAAGAGACUACGACGGAAGGAGAAACGACCACGACUAGAAUGACUACAAAAAAGCCAAUCGUUCGUCCCCCCACCACGACCGACGACCAAGACUACGUGUACACUGAUUAUGUCGUGAAAAAAACAAAAGGAGUCACAUCUACAAAGAAACCCACUACUACGACUGGCGGUGAUUACUAUACCGAUGACGGAGGUGAUGAUUACAAUGGAGAGACUACAAAAGGAGGGAAAAGGACAAAGCGGCCGAAAAUUACGGAGGUACCGGUAACGAAAGAACUUUCUCGAUUCAAAGAGUAG